UUUCAGCUCAUUUUCUCUCUGUCAUUCCCCUCUCAAUCUUUGAUCAAUGUACUUGCCUGGGAGAACCCAAGUCCUUCAAACCUCCUCCUUUUCACCUUCAUCCUUAACUUUGUGCUAGAGCGGGACCCACACAACAACAGCCGACCCACCACGCCCCCGCCAACCCCCCCUCCCCAACCAGCCCCCGAUCCCAGCCCCCGGAGAGGACUCGCAUUUCGACUUGCGGGACACUUUUGUGCGUUUCUCUCCAGAGCGCCUCUCGCGCUCGCCCCUCCUGCGCUCGUUCUUUCUUACCCUCACCUCCGUCUCCCCCCUUUCUCCUUUGCUCCUUCUGGCUCCCUCUUAGAGUUAUUGUUGUUGUUGCCCCCCUAGCUCCUUCUCCCCCUUUCCCCCCCCUUCCCUUCCCCGGGGUGUGUGUGUGUGGCAACUUUUUCCCCCCUGGCUUCUCCUUCUCUUUCCCCCUUAUAUGUGACCAUGGCAGUGCCGGCGGCUUUGAUCCCUCCGACCCAGCUGGUCCCCCCUCAACCCCCGAUCUCCACGUCUGCUGCCUCCACCACCUCCACCUCCUCAGCGACCUCGUCUCCGGCUCCCUCCAUCGGGCCCCCGGCGUCCUCAGGGCCAACUCUGUUCCGGCCAGAGCCCAUCGCUUCUGCGGCGGCGGCGGCGGCGGCCACAGUCUCCUCCACUGGCGGCGGCGGCGGCAGCGGAGGCGGCGGCAGCGCAGGCAGCGCGGGCAACGGAGGCGGCGGCGGCGGCGGCGGCGGCGGCGGUGGCGGUAGCAACUGCAACCCCAGCCUGGCGACCACGACCAGCGGCGGCGGCGGCAGCAGCAUUAGUGCUGGCGGCGCCGGCGCCUCCAGCACCCCUAUCAACGCGAGCACCGGCUGCAGCAGCAGCAGCAGCAGCAGCAGUAGUAGCAGCAGCAGCAGUAGCAGCAGUAGCAGCAGCAGCAGCAGCAGCAGCAGCUGCGGCCCCCUCCCCGGGAAACCCGUGUAUUCGACCCCGUCCCCAGUGGAAAACACCCCCCAGAAUAAUGAGUGCAAAAUGGUGGAUCUGAGGGGGGCUAAAGUGGCUUCCUUCACGGUGGAGGGCUGCGAGCUGAUCUGCCUGCCCCAGGCUUUCGACCUGUUCCUGAAGCACUUGGUGGGGGGCUUGCACACGGUCUACACCAAGCUGAAGCGGCUGGAGAUCACGCCGGUGGUGUGCAAUGUGGAACAGGUUCGCAUCCUGAGGGGACUGGGCGCCAUCCAGCCCGGAGUGAACCGCUGCAAACUCAUCUCCAGAAAGGACUUCGAGACCCUCUACAAUGACUGCACCAACGCAAGUUCUAGACCUGGAAGGCCUCCUAAGCGGACUCAGAGUGUCACCUCCCCAGAGAACUCUCAUAUCAUGCCACAUUCUGUGCCCGGCCUCAUGUCUCCUGGGAUAAUCCCACCAACUGGUCUGACAGCAGCAGCUGCAGCUGCUGCGGCUGCUACCAAUGCAGCAAUCGCUGAAGCAAUGAAGGUGAAAAAAAUCAAAUUAGAAGCUAUGAGCAACUAUCAUGCCAGUAAUAACCAGCAUGGAGCAGAUUCUGAAAAUGGGGACAUGAAUUCAAGUGUUGGCAGCAGUGAUGGUUCUUGGGAUAAGGAAACACUGUACUCUUACCCACCCCAGGGAUCUCAGGCUUCUGUUACCCACCCCCGCAUGUCUGGAGCGCAUAGCCUUCCAGUUAGUCAUCCUCUCCACCAUCUUCAGCAGAGUCACCUUCUGCCAAAUGGACUGGAACUUCCUUUUAUGAUGAUGCCCCACCCUCUAAUUCCUGUCAGCCUACCUCCAGCAUCUGUCACUAUGGCAAUGAGCCAGAUGAACCAUCUCAGCACCAUUGCAAAUAUGGCGGCUGCAGCACAAGUGCAGAGCCCGCCAUCCAGAGUUGAGACAUCUGUUAUUAAGGAGCGUGUUCCAGACAGCCCAUCUCCCGCACCCUCUCUGGAGGAGGGUCGAAGGCCUGGCAGUCACCCAUCAUCACAUCGAAGCAGCAGCGUGUCCAGCUCCCCUGCAAGGACUGAGAGCUCUUCUGACAGAAUCCCUGUCCAUCAGAAUGGGCUGUCCAUGAACCAGAUGUUGAUGGGUUUAUCACCAAAUGUACUCCCUGGACCCAAAGAAGGAGAUUUGGCUGGUCAUGACAUGGGUCAUGACUCAAAAAGGAUGCAUAUUGAAAAAGAUGAGACCCCGCUUUCCACACCAACCGCAAGAGACAGCCUUGACAAACUUUCUCUAACUGGACAUGGACAACCACUGCCUCCAGGUUUUCCAUCUCCUUUUCUGUUUCCUGAUGGACUGUCUUCCAUAGAGACCCUUCUGACUAAUAUUCAGGGGCUUUUAAAAGUCGCCAUAGAUAAUGCCAGAGCUCAAGAAAAGCAAGUCCAACUGGAAAAAACAGAGCUGAAGAUGGAUUUUUUAAGGGAAAGAGAACUACGAGAAACACUCGAGAAACAGUUGGCUAUGGAACAGAAGAAUAGAGCCAUAGUUCAAAAGAGGCUAAAGAAAGAAAAGAAGGCAAAGAGAAAAUUACAGGAAGCCCUUGAAUUUGAAACAAAACGGCGUGAGCAAGCAGAACAAACACUAAAACAGGCAGCUUCCACAGAUAAUCUCAGGGUCUUAAAUGACUCUCUGACCCCAGAGAUAGAAGCUGACCGCAGUGGUGGCAGAACAGAUGCUGAAAGGACAAUACAAGAAAAAGCACUGGAUGGGGAGAUUUUAGACCAUAACUUACAUAGUCAGAUGGAAGACUGUAUUUGAAAACUACUGUCAUGUACUGAAUCUCUCCUGUUGAAGAAAUUCAUCUUAUGGUAAAGAAUUUUGCAGUUAGGCAUCGUCAUUGGAAAGUUUGGAAAGAAUAAAAUCCUUUUAAGGGAACUUCCUCAAUUUUGUGUAUUAAUGUCCUUUAAAAGUUUAAGUAUUCUACAAAAAAAAAAGUUUCCUCCAUUGAUUUUCACCCAUGGUUUAUACCAGAGACCUGAGAAUGUCUGUAAAUGUACAAGUAUCAAACAUCUUACAGCUAAUCUCUGCAACUUUGCUGCUGGACCCUUACAUACAGAGUCAAAGGCAAGUCUGAAUAAGACCUAACUUUGUUUUUUAAUGGAAUCAACUAUUUUACUCUUCUGAAAAUUCUGUAUCUGAGCACAUCAAGAGACUCUUGUAGCAAUGGUCAGUCACCCAGAAUUACAGAAUUAUGUCCUCCAAAAACCAGCAAGAGCACGUGGACAUGAACGUGUAGGGGACUCGAGGAUUCCUUUAAAAACAAUCUGAAAAUAAAGAGUGAUAUUCUGUUACACUCAAUUUAAAGCUAUUUGUGGGUUUUCUCCUGAAGAUUUUUGUUCACUUACUUUCCAAAAGACCAACAAAUGGAUGUGGAUAACAAUCCAAUGAAAUAACAUUUUGCAUAUCUGAGUAGAAGCACUGAAUAUAAGUCAAAAGUUUUCACUGAUGGUCUUUUUUUCUUAAAAAAAAAAAAAAGAAAGAAAGGAAAGAAAGAAAGGAAAAAAAUAUAAAAUGAUCGUCUUUUCAUUCCAAACUAGUAAUGACACAUUAAGCUUAAAAUAAUAAUGAUGCUUCUUAAUCAAACUGUUGGUCACAUGUACAGUAUAUAAACAUAAACCAUACACGGAAGGUAUUAUGUAUGCAGUAGUAUAAUAGAAUUUAGGACAAUGAAAAUUUUAGAAAAAUAUGUUUUGUCACCCUGUUGGUCAGAAAGACACCUUUCUGGUUUUAACGCAUGCAGGCAUGUAAAUAUUUGUCUGGAGUCACAGUAUUAAUGAAUGAGAUCUUAAGCAUCUGGUGACAUCAGAACUCUGUGUCAGUCACUUUUAUUUGUAUAUUAAACUCUAAUUAGUGCCCUGGGCUGCACUAUUGAGAAUGGAUUGUGGCUGAACAGUAAAAUAAGAACACCAGAAAUAUUUUUAUAUGUUAAUGUCAUAUUAUGUUAAUGUUGCUGAAAAAAAACCUAACAAACCCUUGAUGUAUCAGUCCAAUGCCAUGUAGCGCUGAGUGAUAAAGUUAAAAUGUGCUGUGCUCCCCACCCUGGUCAGAGGGAAGGGUGGCGCCGUGUUAUUUUCACUGUCUUUUUGAAAGUUACGGUAUGUGUUUUCAAUUUUUGUGCAGAUAACUGGAAGUAAACUGCAAACAAUUCUUACUAUUUGCUGAAGUUACCUUUUUUUGUUUGUUUUUACAUAUCUGAAGUUACACCUUUAAGACUGAUAUUAUGAAUCAGUACAGCUGUGAUGUAUUUUAUGAUUUUGCUGUCAUCAUAAAAUGUUAUGAUCAUUACAUUAUUUAUUACCAUAAACAGCAAAGUCUUAAAUGCCCAAGAAAACUAGCUUAAAAGUGUUUGGGUAUUAAUUAUUUGGUUAAGAAAAAAAAAUAACAUCAUAGAUACUCUGGCACUAAGCUUCUAUAGAUUUUAGGUCUUCUUUGCAAUACUGGAACAUACUUCUUUUGUGUAGCUCAUUAUUAACCAGCUAAGUCCUUUUAUUUUCCAUACAAGAUAAAGGUUAUAUAUACAGUUCCUACUUUAGCUUGCUUAAAAGGGAGCAAUAUUUUUAUUUAAAAAUGUUGUUAGUAAAUGCUUUGUAGAAAUUUGGUUUUCAACGUAUAGUUCUUCCAUGAUAUCUUGUUGUUUGAGCACAAAAGAGUCUAUGCCUGGUUGUAUGCAUUUCUUGUUUGUUUUUCUUCUGUAUGCAGUCUUUAAAGGAUUACAACCCUUAUAAUUGGAGGAACUUGUGGCAAGCUUUUAAAUCAUACAUUUUCUGAAAGAUUUUUUAAAAAGCCUACAAUUUGCGUAUGUAGUAGAAUCAACCAUUGCUCUGCUCCUUGCAUAGAGUCAACUAUUAAGUAGGUUAAAUAGUUCUUUGAAACAUACUUUCAAGACCUUUGAGAAUGCUUUAGUGUUUGGUUCAUUAAAAAAGGAAAUUUUAGGAAGGGUAAAAGAAAAAAAAAUCAGCUAUAUGUUGAGAGAACCUUACUAACAUGUUGUAAAUAUUACAGUUUAUACAAUGUUAUUUUAAGUCUGUAACUUAAGUUUUUCACAUUUUUAGUUAUACAGGCUGGUUUGAAAUUUGGUGUUUCUUUUUUUUUUUUCUUGAAUAACAAGUAAAAUUCUGCUCAUUUUAUGGUUUCCAUGCUUUUGUAAUUCUAAAACUAUUAAUGUCUAGUUGUUACUAUAUUAUAACCACAUUUGCGCUCUAUGCAAGCCCUUGGAACAGAACAUACUCAUCUUCAUGUAGGACCUAUGAAAAUUGUCUAUUUUUAUCUAUAUAUUUAAAGUUUUCUAAAAAUGAUAAAAGGUUAUUACGAAUUUUGUUGUACAAAAUCUGUACAAAAAUCUGUUUUUACAUCAUAAUGCAAGAAUUGGAAAUUUUUCUAUGGUAGCCUAGUUCUUUGAGCCUGGUUUCAAUGUGAGAACCACAUUUACUGUUAUUGUAUUUAAUUUUCUUUUUCUUUUCAACAAUCUCCUAAUAAAACUGUCUGAAAUCU